CAGCUGACUGGUUUUUCGUCGGUCCGUGAACGCAGCGCGGCAGCAGCUGAUCUCAGUCCUCAUGGCCUCCGCUUCUCAUCACUGAAACUCACUUCUCACUUCCUCCACUCGCUCAGACAGGUGAUGAGCGUUGCGAGGCUUUAGCUGAACGUCGGGGAGAUCAUGGAGGACGACUGCAGGCCUCUGCUGAGCACAGAGUACACCGGAGAGAGUUACUCGCACAGAGGCUCCGCAGAUUCACUAGACUUCAGGGGUAAAAGGCCUUUCCAUGUGGAGCCGAGGAACAUCGUGGGCGAUGAUCCGCAGGAGAGGAUUUCUGCCGAGGCCGCCAUCCUGAACAGCAGAGUCCAUUACUACGGAAGACUGACCGGCUCCUCCGACAGACUCUUGAGUCCUCCUGACCAUGUGAUCCCCCGGGCGGAGGAGCUUUACGUCUACAGUCCCCUUGGGACGGCGUUUAAAGUGUCAGACGGAGACCAGGCCCCGAAAAACCCCAGCAUCAUCACCAUCUUUGCUAUUUGGAACACCAUGAUGGGAACAUCCAUACUCAGUAUACCAUGGGGCAUUAAGCAGGCUGGUUUCACUCUGGGGAUCCUCAUCCUCAUCUUCAUAGGCUUCCUCACGCUGUACUGUUGUUACAUCAUUCUCAAAUCACCAAAGGCAAUAACCACGGUGGACACGUCUGACUGGGAAUUCCCGGACGUUUGUAGACACUACUUUGGAAAGUGGGGCCAGUGGUCGUGCUUGUUCUUCUCCAUGGUGUCGCUCGUCGGAGCGAUGGUCGUUUACUGGGUCCUCAUGUCCAACUUCCUCUACAACACCGGACAGUUUAUCUACAACAAAGCUCACCAUGUCAACAUGUCAGAUUCAGGGUUUGGGACCAACGGCUCAGAUCGAGUCAUUUGUUCAUACCCACACAUUAACCCUGGAGGGAACGACACCGUCGGCACGUUUAGCCUCGGCAGCAUUGGAAACAACACAGACUCCGAUGGAACGUUUCAUCGUUACUGGAGUAAAACCAACACCAUCCCCUUCUACCUCAUCGUUCUGCUGCCGCUGCUCUGCUUCCGCUCGGCCUCCUUCUUCGCACGGUUCACCUUCCUGGGCACCAUUUCGGUGAUCUACCUGAUCGCGUUGGUCACGGUGAAAGCUGUCCACCUCGGCUUCCAUCUGGAGUUUCACUGGUUUGACGCGUCCCAGUUCUACGUUCCAGAGUUCAGACUGCUGUUUCCUCAGCUGACCGGCGUCCUCACUCUGGCCUUUUUCAUUCACAACUGCGUCAUCACGCUGAUGAAGAGCAAUAAACACCAGGAGAACAAUGUUCGGGACUUGUCUGUGGCGUAUCUCCUCGUAGGGCUGACGUACCUGUAUGUCGGAGUGUUGAUCUUUGCUGUCUUUCCAUCACCUCCUCUCACCAAAGACUGCAUUGAGCCAAACUUCCUGGAUAACUUCCCCAGCAGCGACGUGCUGGUGUUUGUGGCCCGGACCUUCCUGCUGUUCCAGAUGAUCACGGUCUACCCUCUGCUGGGAUACUUGGUUCGGGUCCAGAUCAUGGGUCAGAUCUUUGGAAAACACUACCCCAGUUUUCUGCAUGUUCUGGUGCUGAACAUCUUCAUCGUUGGAGCUGGUGUCCUCAUGGCCAAGUUUUAUCCCAACAUUGGAUCCAUUAUACGGUUUUCCGGAGCGUUAUGUGGACUGGCGCUGGUUUUCGUGUUUCCUUCUUUAAUCCACAUGAUUUCUCUGAAGCAGCAGGGGAGACUGCGGUUGCCGUCAGUCGUCGUCCACAGCUUCCUCAUCCUGCUGGGCUUGGCCAACCUGGUCGCUCAGUUCUUCAUGUAGAAACUCACCUCGCAACGGAAAAACGCUUGACAAGAGUUCUCUGUAAUUAGCACCCGCAUCACAGAAACUUGUAAAAUGUGGGAAAAACACAGGAAAGUGUGUGUUUUUCCUGUAAAAGUCGGAUACACUGCAAAAAUCUUAACAAGAAUAUUUGUCUUAUUUCUAGUUAAAAUGUCUCAUUUUUAGUAAAAAAAAAUCUCAUUACGCUUAAAACAAGACUCAUCACUGGAAAAAACAACAAU